AUGGCUGCAGCAUUUAUCCUUUCAGGGUUGGCCCUGGUGGGCAUGGCUCAGGCCCAUAUUGCGGCAUUUGCGAAGGGCAUGUACUGCGAGAACGGCACAGACCCUGCCAACCCGAAUCCCAACUCCAAUGCCCCCGUCUCGCCAUUGUACAACCUUACUCAGGAACAAUGGUGGUUUCAACACGAUCGAGGAUGUGAUGCUGUCCCUCCGCCUCCUGGAGUGUUCCUCGAGCUACCUGCCGGCGGCUCCUUCGACGUCGAGCUGGCCGACAACCAAGCCUUUACAACUCUGUCCUGGGGUGGUUCAAAGACUUCCGAAUGGCCAGAUGGGGGCGAUCACCCAGAGGACUGGAACGGUGGCGGUAUCGGCGAGGGCUGUAUCCAAGACGGAGGUUACAUGCACGUUCAGAACCAGAGCAUGGCCCAAGGCACUGCCUUUGCUAUUGCCUACGAGAGUGAUCUGACCGCCAUCACGAUGGAGGAUCUGGUUGUGUUUUCUGUUCUUGAGCACACUCCCUGGAAACGAGCAGCAACCUACCAGGUUCCAGCGGCAAUGCCUGCAUGCCCUGAAGGCGGAUGUCCCAAUAUCUAUAUGCAAGGCUUCAAGUGCAUGGUCACUGGUGCCACAUCCACAACUCCCCUCGCAAAGGCCAAACCACCCGUCAUGUGCGAUACCGAUCCUUCCGAAUGCGCCCCAGGAGCAAAGCAAAUGAUCGUGUGGAACCAGCUGACAGGAAACAACGUUGUGACGAAACUCUCACAAACGCCGGCUUACAAUGCACGUAACGGGUUCAAGCCAGGUCCACAGGAUGACAUCUUCGAGGGCGGUGCCUCUGCGCCUGAAGGACCGACAUCAUCCUCGACGACUGCCUCCAGUUCUGCUUCCAGCACAAUCUUCAUCUCGGCUACCGCCCCUGCAGAAACACAUGUUCAAUCCGUCUCGUCGACAACUAGCGCAGCUGGCACCUGGAGCUCUGAAUCUCGACCGGUAGUCCUGCCCACCUCGAGCUUCUUCUCCCUACCAUCCGCGUCGACCACCUUGGCGACAGUUGUGAAGGCAGCCUCAACGACAACCAACGCGGCUUCCGCGCCCACCCCUGUUGCACCUCUGUCCUCCCAUACCAUUGGCUGGGGCGGUCCUUCUGGGGAAAGCCCGGAAACGGUUACUGUUUCCGUGACUGUGACUGUUUCCGCUGGCGACUCCAUGCCUACUGGCUUGAAGCACUUCAAGGGGUGCUGGGUCGAGGACGACGAGUAG